UCAACACAAUCUUUACUAAAAUUUUAAUUGUCACGUGAAUUUAAGUUUAUGAUACAUCAUUAGGGAAAUUAGAAUAUUAGACAUUUGUUGAAUAUACAAUAAUCCGUAACCUUCGAAAACUCAAUUGUACUAUUAAUACCUCUUUGUUGAUAAAGGAUCUUAUCAAUAUAUAUAUGAAGCUAGUAAUUAGCUUAGUAAUUAUUACAUGAACGAAGGCAUAAAAAAAAUAAAGUUGAUUUACUGAUAGAAGUUUGUUUCAUUACAAAUUAACGAUUGCUACACAUUUCACAAUGUAUUGAUUUCGAGGACGAUUUUUAUCAUAUUUAUAGAAGUACUUUACCACUAUUAUUGUUACUUUUAUACCGCACUAUAUUGGCAUGAAGCAUAAAUAUCAAACACCAACGUUAUAAACAUGCAGCACAACUUUUUUUUUUAAGUAUUAACGUGAUUACAAAUCAAACAUAACGCAGCAGUCACAGAAUUCAAACUGAUUGAAACUUUGUUUCAAAGGGUCUGCAGUAGCCGGUAGAUGACUCAUGACUACAAAACAAUUUUCGGGACAUCUUAUUGCUAAAUUUAGUACUAUGGCACAUCCAUUAGUUGCAGUAUGUCAAAUGACAUCAAUAAAUGAUAAAGAAAAAAAUUUACAAACUGUACGAGAACUAGCUGAGAAGGCUAAAUCUAGAACAGCUUGUAUGGCCUUCUUUCCUGAAGCCUGUGAUUAUUUAGCCGAUAAUAAAAAAGAUAUAGUAGCCAUGGCUGAACCUUUGAAUGGAUCAAUAAUGUCAAGCUACAAAGAAAUUGCUAAAGCAAAUAAAAUUUGGUUAUCGUUAGGUGGAUUACAUGAAGCAUUAGAUGACGAUGAAAAGCGUAUAAGUAAUACACAUGUUGUAAUAAAUAGUGAAGGGGAAAUAGCCAGUAUUUAUCGUAAAAUCCAUUUAUUUGAUAUGGACAAUAAAACUAUUGGCGUGAGAUUAAUGGAAUCAGAUUAUGUCUUAGCAGGGCAAAAGAUUGAACCACCCAUAUCAACACCAGCUGGUAAAUUAGGCCUCAGUAUUUGUUAUGAUAUGCGUUUUCCCGAAUUAUCUCUUUCAUUAAGAAAUAUGGGAAUGGAAAUUCUCACAUAUCCAUCAGCAUUUACAUAUCAAACAGGUGCUGCUCAUUGGGAAGUAUUAUUGCGUGCAAGGGCUAUAGAAACACAAUGUUAUGUUAUAGCUGCAGCUCAAACUGGUGCACAUAACAAAAAGAGAGUGAGCUGGGGUCAUGCAAUGAUUAUUGAUCCAUGGGGAACUAUAGUAGCGCAGUGUAGUGAAAAAACUGAUAUGGUUUUAGCAGAAAUUGAUUUAAACUUAUUAAAACGAAUUCGGGAAAAUAUGCCGUGCGAAAAUCAUCGUCGAACAGAUGUAUAUCCUAAAAUAGAACCCCUGUAAUCUUUAAUUUAAAUGAUGUAUAUAUACGUAUAUAUCUAUAUAAUUAUAUUAAAUUUUACUUGCUUUUAUCUUUACUUUUUGACAGGAGCAAAUGCUCGUGCUAAGGCUGAUAUUUUAUGUAAAGUAACUAGGGAUUGAAAUGUAAUAAACAUUAUAUUUUCUUAAUAUAUAUGUAUAAAACAAA